AGCAACAAACACGUCUAACGUCACGUAUCCUCAUCCUGUUAAACGCAGUGAACACGUAGCUCCUGCCGCUGUGUGUUUUAUAGCUGUUUUUAUUUGUGAUAUUGUUAGUAUUCUGUUUAAUGUCCCUUUAUUCCAUGAUGUUGAAAUGUCUCCCUGUGAGCCAGACCGUCAGAAGGAGGUCCAGCUCGCCGCUGCAGUAAAAUCAGCUGAUGAGGAAUGACGGACCACGUGACUUCUAAUUAAAUGUAUGCAUUAAAGAUAUGCGAAGAGGAAAUAAACAAAGAGCCUAAAGCUGAGCUAAAGGCGACCGCACUUCAUUUCCCAGACGCCUUCAGUCCAGUAACUGCAGACUGAUGACAUAGAGGGUUAACGGAUCAGAUGAAGCUGUGAGCAGCGCAGGAACCUGCAAACACAGACUUCUCUGCGGCUGUUACACCGAUCCAGCUGAGUGAUCAGCUGAUCAGCUGCAGCCGUCAUCACAAACGGACGUCGCUUCACGUGAGGCUGCACCUCCUCUCCUCUGUCCCGGCCCAGGAGACGACGGGGGAAACGGGGACGCAGUAGAGACCCGGCGGCGGCCUGUCUGAGCCGCACACGGUACCUUACAGCCGGUGCGCCGAGUGCGUGUAAACUGUUUCACGCGCUCUGUCGCCAUCUUGCGGGCCGCUCGGAGGGCGUGGCCUGCGGAGCCGAUGCAGCAGCGGGAUCUAAAAUGGCGUCCGGAGAAACGCACAGGAGCUGGCGUCGGGGAGGAUGUUCCGUUAACGACAGGACAAACGGACGCCGGGAGUCUGACAGGAAGCAGUCUUCAUGCUGUGAGGAGGCGGCCUCGCGGGCUCUGUGACCAGGAUGGCGGCCGAGCUGUUCUCCUCCAGCCUCUCUCAGAGCGGCGAGGUGGAGGUGAAGAAGACUUUUAUCCAGACGAGCCAGCCGGAGCUGCCGCCGGGUAACCACAUAUACGGAGACGCCGUUCAGCCGAACACCGACAGUGGCGACGACGGCGAGGAGAGGGACGGCUGGCAGGAGGCGCAGCCCACGCUCAGAGAGAGGAACGCUCUGAUGUUCAACAACGAGCACAUGGCUGAUGUUCACUUCAUCGUCGGCCCUCCAGGAGAAGCUCAGAGACUUCCUGCUCACAAGUACGUCCUGGCGGUGGGGAGCUCGGUGUUUGGGGCCAUGUUUUAUGGAGAUCUGGCUGAGGGACAGUCUGAGAUCCAGAUCCCUGAUGUGGAGCCGGCUGCAUUCCUCAUUCUGUUAAAGUACAUGUACAGUGAUGAGAUCCAGUUGGAGGCUGACACGGUGCUCGCCACGCUCUAUGCCGCUAAGAAGUACAUCGUUCCAGCUCUGGCGAAGGCCUGCGUCACCUUCCUGGAGACGAGCCUGGAGGCGAGGAACGCCUGCGUCCUGUUGUCUCAGAGCCGGCUGUUCGAGGAGCCGGAGCUGACGCAGCGCUGCUGGGAGGUGAUCGAUGCCCAGGCUGAACUCGCUCUGCGGUCCGAAGGCUUCUGUGAGAUUGAUCCGCCCACGCUGGAGAUCAUCCUGCAGAGAGAAUCCCUCAACGUCCAGGAGGUGGUCAUCUUCCACGCGGCGUUGAGCUGGGCGGCGGCUGAGUGUCGCCGUCAGGGCCUGGCGGUAACCCCCGGGAACCAGCGGGCGGUACUGGGUAAGGCUCUGUUCCUGGUCCGGAUCCCCACCAUGACGCUGCAGGACUUUGCAGACGGGGCAGCGCAGUCGGACGUCCUGACGCUGAAAGAGACUCGUGACAUUUUCCUGUGGUUCACGGCCUCCAUCAAACCCAGACUGGACUUCCCUUUGGUGAAGCGGGCUGGGCUGGCGCCGCAGAAGUGCCACCGCUUCCAGUCCUCGGCCUACCGCAGCAACCAGUGGCGCUAUAGGGGGCGUUGCGACAGCAUCCAGUUCGGAGUGGACCGGAGGAUCUUCAUAGCUGGACUCGGCCUGUACGGGUCAAGCGGCGGAAAGGCCGAGUACAGCGUGAAGAUGGAACUGAAGAGGCAGGGAACCGUUCUGGCCCAGAACCUCACGAAGUUUAUGUCUGACGGAUCGAGCAGCACAUUCCCUGUGUGGUUUGAACACCCGGUCCAGGUGGAACAGGACACCUUCUACACGGUCAGCACAGUCCUGGACGGAAAUGAGCUCAGUUACUUUGGUCAGGAGGGAAUGACCGAGGUGCAGUGUGGGAAAGUGACCUUCCAGUUCCAGUGUUCAUCAGACAGCACCAACGGGACCGGCGUGCAGGGGGGGCAGAUCCCUGAACUGAUCUUCUACUGCUGAACCAGGGCCUGAUGGACUCAGUGAGCAACAAGCUGCAGAGACUCUGAUUCUGACAGACGGCCGCUGUAGUGAACUGAAAGCUGAUUGGCUGUUGUAGCAGGACUAGAAGCUGAUUGGUUUGUGUGCUUCUCAACCAUUAAAGUUUCAGUGAAAAUGAAA